CGAGCCGAGUACGAGGACCCCAAUCCAAAUCGCCUCUUUCCCUUCUUCUUCCCCGUCCCAUCUUCUCCUCCCCCUCGUACGCGGAAACCCCGCCACGCCUCCACCCACCGCCGGGGUCCAGCCUUCCUCUUCCGCCGCCGUGACGCUCGAGGUUUGCCCCUGGUGAAUUCGGCGAUUCAAGCAAAAGAAAACCAUGAGCUACUUCCAAGCUACAACUUGCAAGCCUCAUACUGGGCUCAUUGUGGACAGACCCAUAACGGGUCUUGGGAAGACCUGCAGAUUACUACCUGUCCCCCAGUAUUCCAUACGGUCACAUCCUCUCGGAUUUCGCAAGCUUGAUAAGCAUAUCUACCCACGACUUGUUCUUGUUGCUGCUAGCCACACAAGGCUUACUCCUGUAUGUGCCUCAAGUGGAAAAGGGAACCCUGAGCUUGACAAUGAUCCCUUUAUGGAUCAUUUGAAGAAGGCUAUGGCUGAUGCAAAAAAGCCACGACCCAUACAAGAUGUGUUGAAAGAGAAAUUUAGCAAGCUGAGAGAACAAGCAUCUGGUGGAGGUGGAGGGAAUGGAAACAGGCGUGGAGGCAAUGGUGGUUCCGGUGGCCCAGAAGAUGAAUCAUUCAAGGAAUCAUUGGAUGAAGUAGUCCAAGUUAUCUUAGCAACUGUUGCUUUUAUACUUGUGUACAUCCAUAUUAUCAGAGGGGAGGAGCUGUACCGCCUUGCGAGGGACUACACUAGAUAUCUGGUUACCGGUAAGCGAACUGCCCGGCUGAAGCGCUCCAUGCAACAAUGGCGCAGUUUCUCAGAGAAAUUCACACAAAACGAGGGCUCUCAGGAAGAGCGGUAUGAAAGGCCAACCACUUCGGAACCAAUGUGGUGGCAACAGCCUCAAAAGUUUGUUCAUCUUAUGGAGGAGCUUUGCAGAGGGAAUUGGCGUCCACAUGCACAGAAGUCUUAGUUCUGGCGUUCCACUGUCCUUUUUUGACACUUGAAAGAAUAUGAUGGGUGUGUAGGUGAGAUGGGUACCGGUUGCUUGGCUGGCGUAAAGGUUUUACAUGGAUGGAGUUUCUUGAUGGGGCAGAUGGUGUUGUUCUUUGUUCUUUAGCGUGUAUUUUUGUCUCUGGUUUGUUAAGUAUUUUAAUGUGGGCAUAAGUAAGUUGUUGGAAAUUUUGUAGUGGAAGGGACCGAAUAUUCCUUAUUUAUGAUGGUUAGCCUGCUUAUCAGAUGUAGGUGAUGGCUGGUUGCCUAUUUUGCGAUAGAUUGGAACUGUAAAAGCCAUAUGAGAAAACCAAUGUGGCUAAAUUGAAGAUUGCUUUAAGCACUUGCCCUUGGA